AAUCGAAAUACAGCAACGUCAUUAGCACGACGUCGUCACACCUGUGUGGAGCGUUUAGACAGACGAGCGCUGGAUACUUUGAAACAACUUUUGGAAUGAAGUCUGUGGAUUUUUGACAUUUCCACUAAAGCAUGACCAAGUUCUUACUAUGGAUGGUUUUUUCCGUAUUGACCCUGCUUUUCAAACCCAUGGGAGCAUUUCCAUCUUUGGGCCUUGACUUAGGAGGCAGCAGGCAACAGCGAGACAUCCACUGCAGAGACAACCUGGAGUAUCCAAAUGGCAACACCUGCUGUUUAAACUGUCCAGCUGGUACACGUCUGAUAUCACCCUGCACCACAGCAGGACAGAAGGGACACUGUGAAGAAUGCCAAUAUGGAACAUACACUGAGCACAGCAACAAUCUGAAUCAGUGUUUCAAGUGCACAUUGUGUCGCUCAGAUCAGGAAACCGUAAGGCCAUGUACUUACACUCACGAUGCUGAAUGUCGGUGCAAAGCUGGAAAAUUUUGUGCUCCUGACCAACCAUGUGAGGUGUGCAAGAGGUGUUCAAGGUGUGAAGAAGAUGAACAGAUAGUGAGGAACUGCACCUCUACUACCAACACAGAAUGCAAGAAAAUCCAGCACAAAUCUGGCUCGACAUCAGCAAGGGCCUCAGUGAUUGUGCCGCUUUCACUGUCAGCUGCUGUGGUUGUGGUUGCCGUAGUUGUGUUUGCCUUGUGGAGGAGACGUAGAGGAACAGAUUCUCAGAGGAAUCAACCUGAUGGGUCAAAAGCUAGACAGCAUUACAGUGACUGUCCAACUGAGGAAGGGACGAACGGAGAACCCAGAGGGCUGAACCUGCCCCGGUCACUGGUGAGACCCAAAUUCUUCGUUCACAUGUGGGAUAAGCAUAAAGCGCUGUGUGAAAGCCUCAGCAGCUCAGCCAGUAACUCCCAGCACAGUCUAAGCGUCCUUCCCUCCUGUGCCUCCCCUGCACCUCCCCCCCAAGCCAGCUCCAUGAUCCCCAAGCAGCCCGACAGGAGGGAAGAUCAGCAGUUUCCCAAGCUUGUUCCUGUGAAUGGUGAAGAAUCUCUGAGGAAAUCCUUUGAGUAUUUUGAAGAAAUGGACAUCAACUUCCACAAGAGAUUCUUCCGUCUCAUUGGUAUUACUGACAAUGCGAUCAACAACAAAGAGCACCUUCCCUAUGAAGACAAGAUUCAUGAACUGCUGAAUAUUUGGAUGGAGAAAGAGGGCAGAGAGGCCAACUUAAAUGACCUGCUGAAAGCAUUGCUUGAUUUAAAUCAAAGGCGAACAGCGGAGAUUAUUAAGGAAAAGGCUGUUUCAAAUAGUCAUUACUUCUGUGAGGAUUAAUGAGAAGUGAAUUGUUUACAGAAAACCCCUUCUGAAAACACAGUCCUAAGAAUAUCACUUAUGAUGUGAAGUCUUUGUUGCUGAAAGCUUGGGCACCGUCUAGUACUGGUUGAACUAGCAUAGGGUCUUUGGCAGAUAACAGAGAAUGCAUGAGUACUGUAGUCUCAUGAAUGUCAUGUAGUAAUCUUUGGAGUAAGCUUUAGUAUCAUCCAAUACUGGUUGAUUAGCAACUUGCAAGGUUACCAACCAUAGUGGUGUUUUGGCUUGAGUAGUAGAUCUUUUCAACCAAAAGGAAGAACAAAUUUCUCCCAAGAGUACUGUAGUCUCAUGAAUAUCACUCAUGCUGUGAGGUCCUUGAUGCUUCUUGUAAACUCCUGUAUGGUCCAAGAAGUGCACAAGGCUACCACCCACAGUGUUUUGUUUUUCUUUUGCUGAGAAAAAACAUGUCAAUGUAGACAUUGUACAUGUAGAAAAGCAUACAAGUUGAGUGUUUAACUGUACAUCGUUUUUUAUUUGACUGAAGGUGGUUUAUUUCCUUCAGCUCUGAAUAGAGUGUUGAUAGUAAAGCAUUUGAUCACCAAAGAUGUUUUUCUUACAUCAUGACAACAGCAUGUACUAAGACAGACUGAUUGUUUCACAUUGAUUUUGUUUUUUAAAGUAUGUUUUAUUUAUUAAGAGACAAACAGGACUAUCUGAGCUGUGGAUCAAAAUGCCAUAGGAUCAAUGAGCAUAUGAAGUUAUGGUGGAGAUAGCAAGUUUUAUUUGAUUUUAUUCAAAUGACAUGUUCUCUGCCUGACUGUGUUGUUUACUUGUAGAUUCAGAGUUUAUUUUGAUUUUAGUUUAGUUCGCCUGUUGGUUUACUUGCUCAGAUAACCUGAUCAUAAUUCUUUUUGUUGUGUUGUUACACUGCAGUCAUAAUCCUGACUGCAAUGGUCACAUGUUGGAGUUUAAAAAAAAAAAGC